GCCGGGAGCUCGAUGGUUCGGGAGGGCGGCAUGGCCAGGACACCCCGCAGCUCGACCCAGGAGAUCCAGAUGGACGUGUUCGAGAACCCCGGCCUGCAGGGGAAAUACAGCAAGCGGAAGAGCAGGUUUAAACGCUCUGAUGGCAGCACCUCCUCGGACACGACUUCCAACAGCUUCGUCAGACAGGGCUCCGCGGAUUCCUACACCAGCCGCCCCUCGGAUUCAGAUGUGUCCCUGGAGGAGGAUCGCGAGGCACUGCGCAAGGAGGCCGAGCGCCAGGCCCUGGCGCAGCUGGAGAAGGCCAAGACCAAGCCGGUGGCAUUUGCCGUGAGGACAAACGUGGGCUACAACCCGUCCCCCAAUGAUGACGUGCCGGUCCAGGGCAUGGCCAUCUCCUUCGAACCCAAGGACUUCCUGCAUAUCAAAGAGAAAUACAACAACGACUGGUGGAUCGGGCGCCUGGUGAAGGAGGGCUGCGAGGUGGGGUUCAUCCCCAGCCCCGUCAAGCUGGAGAACAUGAGGAUGCUGCAGGAGCAGAAGAUGAGGCAAAACCGCCUGAGCUCAAGCAAAUCCGGGGACAACUCCAGCUCCAGCCUGGGAGAUGUGGUGACGGGGACGCGCAGACCCACCCCACCUGCUAGUGGUACUCUGGACAUGACUAAUUUAGCUUAUGACCUAGACGCCCUUGACUUAGAGCUGGAGGAGGCCGAGGGCCUGGAGAACCCCCGUUCCCCUAAGGCUAGCGUCAGCAGUGUCACCACGUCCCCCUCCAACGUCAAGCGCAUCCCCUUCUUUAAGAAGGCAGAGCAUGUGCCGCCGUAUGACGUGGUGCCCUCCAUGCGGCCGAUCAUUCUUGUGGGGCCAUCCUUGAAGGGGUACGAGGUGACGGACAUGAUGCAGAAAGCCCUCUUCGAUUUCCUGAAGCAUCGCUUCGACGGCAGAAUCUCCAUCACACGGGUGACGGCCGAUAUCUCCCUGGCCAAGCGCUCCGUGUUGAACAACCCCAGCAAACACACCAUCAUCGAGCGCUCCAGCACCCGCUCCAGCCUGGCUGAGGUGCAGAGCGAGAUCGAGCGGAUUUUCGAGCUGGCCCGGACACUUCAGCUUGUGGCCCUGGACGCCGACACCAUCAAUCACCCAGCCCAGCUGGCCAAGACUUCGCUGGCCCCCAUCAUCGUCUACAUCAAGAUCACCUCCCCCAAGGUGCUCCAGAGGCUGGUCAAGUCCCGGGGGAAGUCCCAGGCCAAGCACCUGAACGUGCAGAUGGUGGCGUCGGACAAGCUGGCCCAGUGCCCUCCGGAAAUGUUUGACAUCAUCCUGGACGAGAACCAACUGGAAGACGCCUGCGAGCACCUGGCUGAGUACCUGGAAGCCUAUUGGAAGGCCACGCACCCGCCCAGCAGCAACCCGCCCAAUCCCCUCCUGAACCGCACCAUGGCGACCGCCGCCCUGGCCGCCAGCCCCGCCCCCGUCUCCAACCUCCAGGUACAGGUGCUCACCUCCCUCAAGCGCAACCUGGGCUUCUGGGGCGGGAAGGGCAGCCUGGAGCAGGGGCUGAGCGCCCCGCCCAGGGUGGAGGAGCACGCGCUGUAGCUUUAAGAGGAGGAGGAGGAGGUGGCGCCUUCAAUGAACAUGAAGGAAGAAAUCUUCAUGGGAAACCCUGGCUGAUUCCCCCCUGCCGCCUCUGCUGCUGCCCCCACGUCCCACUGCCCCGUGUUCUCUGCGGGUGGAGGGGUUCCCUCCGCCUGCCCAGCGUUGUUCUAAGGCUCAUGAACUGGGGGCAUCGCGUCCACAGGGGGAACACAAGCACUGUAGCUGCAUCACAGGGAGCUGGGCUUUGCCCAGGAAGUGCCAUGCUGCCAUCAGCCUCCCCCACCCCGUCUGCCCCCCAGGCUUCUGCAUAAAAGCCUGCUCUGGAGAGCUAGGUCGCCCCCGUCAGCCGACUCUAGCUCAAGAUCCUGUUUGCAUGGGGCUCCGUCCCGUCACCCCUCUAACGCGGGACCCGUAGCCCUGCUGGUCUCUGCCUUCGGCGCAGUGCAUUCUGGGAUUCCCAAAGCACCGUUCCCGGAGUGGGAGCAAAGGCCGCUGGGUGAUUUCGGAACACGAGGCUCAGCAGUGCAGGAUGGGGCAGUGCUGGGGCAGGGGGGUGACUCCCUUUCCACAUCAGAGGGCAGCACCAGCGCAGCCAGACCUGAGCCAGAAACCCUUGCACGGCUGUGCGGAGCCAGGCAUCCUCUCGGCCAACGGCUUGUCACAAGGCCUUCCCCGCUAGUAUAGAUGGGAGCCAUUAGCGAGGAAGCGUCUGGCAGUUUCCUCACCCUGGCUAGGAAGCUGGGCUCCUCCCAUCUCCUCCCCUCGUGCUGUCCCCUGAAGUCUCCCACCCACAAGGCAUCCCAAGUCCUGCCUGCAGGCUGCCGCCCCUGGUCUCCGAGAGCACUGAGCUCAGAGGCCUCUGUUAAGGGCACCCCGACACACCAUGUCUGUGCCCGUCCCUCGGGAUCUGGCCUGCCUGGCUUCUCUGUCUGCUCCCGACUGCUGCCUUAGUGAGUGGCUGGUUCCCCCUGGGCACCACCCCAUAAGUGCAAAUGAAGAUUCUCCAGCUGCCUGGCAACCUGCCCCCAGUCGUGCCCAGCCCUGGUGUGUGGGGUGGGGGGCGGUGAGGGCAUGUUUGUGUCGUGGUGUCUGUAAUGCUCGUUGGAAAGUGAAGAGCUGUGGCUCAUGGCCUGCUCCUCAUUCGGGCAGGCGGGAGCCAGGCCUGCUUCUCUCAUUCACGCUCCGCCAGCGCCCCUCAAUCGCACAGCCCCCCACUAUGCCAGUCCAGGGCUCCCCAUACACCGCCCUGCCAGCGCCCCUCAAUCCCGCCCACA